UUAUGGCUGGUUCAAUGUGACUAUACGGAGAUUUGAUAUCUACGACCUCCAGGCUUGGAUUCACUGAACGCAACCAAGAUUCAGCCUCAAAACCAGUAUGCUGGGAGUAUGGGGGCAGAGGUGAAGGAAUUGUCUGGUAGCUCCAGUACCGUGGGGCACAUUCCCUCUAUGGCUGUCAGAGGCAGCAGCUCCAAAACCAGGAAUGAUGUGGAACACUUUCACCAUGAAGAACACAGAAUCAAUGCCAAGGUGCCUCAGCACAACAAGUUCAUCACGUCACUCAUCGCUGGAGCCCUGGCUGGAGCCGUGGCCAAGACCACUAUAGCUCCACUGGAUAGAACAAAAAUAAAUUUUCAGAUUAGCAACACACAGUUCUCGUUCCGCCAGGCCAUCCGUUUUUUGCAUCUGACAUUCAAGAAUGAAGGCUUCCUGCGCUUGUGGCGCGGUAACUCGGCAACCAUGGCCAGGAUUGUGCCAUAUGCUGCGAUACAGUACGCUGCUCAUGAGCAGUACAAGUGGCUCCUCCUUCACGACAAGAGGAAAAAACAUCUGUCCCCUGGGAGAAGGUUUUUGGCAGGUGCCCUGGCUGGAACCACCUCCGUGGCUUGUACCUACCCCCUGGACAUGGUGCGGGCUAGAAUGGCUGUCACUGCCAAGGAAAAGUAUCACAACUUGAAGGAGGUGAUCAUGAAGAUAUACAAAGAGGAGGGAGUCCGCACUCUGUACCGAGGAUUCACUCCCACGAUACUUGGCUCGAUUCCAUACUCAGGGAUAAGUUUCUUCACAUAUGAGACUCUGAAGAAAUUACAUGCAGAGUAUGCUAAGGGGAAAGAUCCAUCUCCAGUGGAGCGUCUGUCAUUUGGUGCUGUUGCGGGGCUGCUGGGCCAGUCAGCCUCCUACCCUCUAGACAUUGUACGACGCAGGAUGCAGACUGCAGGUGUGACUGGUCACUCCAAGGACUACACCAGCAUCGUGGGGACGGCCUCGCAGGUGAUCCGGGAGGAGGGCUUCAUCAGGGGCAUGUACAAGGGACUCAGCAUGAACUGGAUCAAAGGACCCAUCGCAGUCGGCAUCAGCUUCACCACAUUUGACAUCUCUGUCAGAUGGCUGCGCACAUUUGAGUUUUUCCAUAUAGACGAUGAAACCUAGCUGUUACUGCUGUGAGAUGCUAUCUGUUAGCUGUGAUACGACCACCUGUGAUGUAAUGCUAGAUCGGUGUGUCUGAGCAUUGUGUCUGGGCCUGUAUGUCUUGGAAAGGUUGUCUGUACCCGUGUGUUUGUGUUAUGGCCUGUGUGUCCAGCCAUGUGUCUUCCCCUGUGUUUCCAGGCAUGUGUCUGGGUCAGUGUUUCCAGGCAUGUGUCAGGGGCUGUGUGUCCAGGCAUGUGUCAGGGCCAGUGUUUCCAGGCAUGUGUCAGGGCCAGUGUUUCCAGGCAUGUGUCUGGGGCUGUGUGUCCAGGCAUGUGUCUGGGCCUGUGUGUCCAGGCAUGUGUCUGGGCCUGUGUGUCCAGGCAUGUGUCUGGGCCUGUGUGUCCAGGCAUGUGUCUGGGCCUGUGUGUCCAGGCAUGUGUCAGGGCCUGUGUGUCCAGGCAUGUGUCAGGGCCUGUGUUUCAGGGCCUGUGUUUCAAGGCAUGUGUCUGGGCCUGUGUGUCCAGGCCUGUGUCAGGGCCUUUGUAUCCAGGCAUGUGUCUGGGACUAUGUUUCCAGGCAUGUGUCUGGGCCUGUGUUCCAGGCAUGUGUCUAGACCUGUGUGUCCAUGCAUCUGUCUAGGCCUGUGCUUCUAGGCAUGUGUCAUGGCCUGUGCUUCCAGGCAUGUGUCUGGGCAUUUGUGUCCAGACAUGUGUCUUGACCUGUGUGUCUAGACGUAUGUGUCCAGGUAUGUGUCUAGACCUGUGUAUCCAGGCCUGUGUCUAGACCUGUGUCGAAGCCUGUGUGGCCAAGCAUGUGUCUAGACCUGUGUCGAGGCCUGUGUUUACAGGCAUGUGUCUAGACCUGUGUCGAGGCUUGUGUUUCCAGACAUGUGUCAAAGCCUGUGUGUCCAGGCAUGUGCUUGGACCUGUGCGUCUAGACCUGUGUCGAGGCCUGUGUUCCAGGCUAAUGUGUGUGUCUGGGCAUUUGUUUGCUGACUUGUUCCCAUGAAAGUGUUUUGUUUACACCAACAAAUGAUUUGAUUUGCAAGUCUUUUUUGUUGAACAGCUCUUUGUUGCACGAGUCACAAAAUAAUGUCAGGGUUUAUGCUAAUUCCACCAAUUGCAACAUAAUCUUUCAUAAGUAAGACUUUGAAGUAACUUGGCAAAUAUGCAUACUUGACACUGAACACAGUGUCUAGAAAACACUACAAAUAAGUUCUGGUCAAAAUAUGUUAUGAAAAGGGUAAGCUUCAGAAAAAGAGUUACUUCGCAGCCUUUGACAUCUUACUUCAUCUGAGUGAUAGCAAACAACUCCAGUAUCUUUGUGAUUUAUUUCUCUACAUGAAUGUUUCUGGUGUGAUGUCUGAAUGACUAAGUAGUAGUGAUGGGAAUCGGAAACCAAAUCCACUAUCGAUUAUCGGAGGAUUGUGGUGAACGAUUAUCGAUUAUAAUCGAAAUAUAUCCAUAUUUAAUGAAAUCACCAAUUUGAAGAGUUUUUCACCAGGUUUUUUCGAAUAAAUGAUUCUUAUAACUAAUACUGUCAUGCAAUGAAAUGCAUGCAUGUAAGAAAGACA